GAUGUUGGCCAUGGGCUUCUCCUUCGAAGCAUCAAAGGUUGCACUUGAGGCUAACCGCUGGGACGUCAGUCGUGCUUCGACUGCGAUCCUGGAGAACCCGGGCACACACGUGGACGUGCAGGUUGAAAGCGCAACGGACAGUGAGUUCUCAGUGCACUUGCCACCUUCGCCCAACCGAAGGUGA